CACUCUCAAAUCUCUUAAACAAUCCCUUUCCUCCUCUCCCUACCUCUCCCUUAACUUCUCAAGAAAAGCAUCCGUCUUUGAUUAUUUCUUCUUAUCACCACCACCAUGCCACCCCCUUCAUCAUCCACUCCCUUUUCAAUUCAGCUUCAACAUCAUCUCGACUUCUCUAUCUGUUUCUUGUAUCAAUCACUUUACUCUCUUUCUUUUCUCUCUGAAUCUCAACAUGGCAUCUCAAGAAUCCAUAAUAGCCUCUCAAGAACCCAAAAUAACCUCUCAAGAACCAAAAAUGAUCUCUCAAGAACCCAAAACAACCUCUCAAGAACCAAAAAUGAUCUCUCAAGAACCCAAAACAACCUCUCAAGAACCCAAAAUGAUCUCUCAAGAGUCCAAAUUGGCCUCUCAAGAACCCACAGUAACCUCUCAAGAACCCACAGUAACCUCUCAAGAACCAAAAAUGAUCUCCCAAGGGUCCAAAUCGGCCUCUCAAGAACCCAAUACGUCCUCCCAAGAACCUGUAACCACCACCUCAUCCAAUCCAUCAUCCAAAUACUCUAACCGGGUGGUUUUGAAAACCAUUUUAGAGCCAAGUGACAGAUGGAAGGAAUUUGUGGAUGAGAGAGUUGUGGUUGGUGGUUGGGUGAAGACUUCCAAGGAGGUGAAUAAAGAGCCAGCUGUGCCGGAGCCCCAACAGCAGGCUACUGAAGCGCCUAAUGUGUCUCCAGGGCACAAAGAUGUGAGGUGUGUGGAGAUUUUUCAGUCUAGAAUACCUAUAUUUAGAUCAAUAGCAAAGAUUUUUGGAGGGGGUGGUAGCAGUCAUCCUGUUCGUGAGAAGCCGGAACCAGCAAUUCCUGAGCCGCCUCGACCUUCUGUUGCUUACUUGCUUGUUAGUGAUGGUUCUUCUGUUGCAAGUCUUCAGGUUGUGGUGGACUCCUCUAUAGCUCCCCUCAGCCAGCUGCUGCCUAUCGGAACUUGUAUAUUAGUUGAAGGUGUACUAAAGGAGCCAUCAAUGCAGGGAAAACAUAGCAUUGAGCUUAAAGUAGAGCAAAUACUUCAUAUAGGGAAAGUGGAACAAGACAGGUAUCCUUUAUCAAAGAAACGAUUGCCAUUGGAGGCGUUGAGAGACUGUUCUCAUUUCCGGCCUCGAACAACAACGGUGGCAUCUGUUACGAGAAUCAGCAGUGCCCUAACUUUUGCGACUCAGACAUUCUUCCACGACAAGGGGUUUCUCUAUGUGCAGGUGCCCAUUAUCACAACAACAGAUGGCGAAGGAUUUAGCGAAAAGUUUCAGGUCACAACUGUUUUGGGAAAAGAUGGCAAACAGAAUGAUACAGGAGGUGUUAGCCUUGAAGUUGUCAAGGCUGCUGUGAUACAGAAAAGUAAUCUAGUUGAAGAACUAAAGAGAAGUGAAAGCAAUAGAGAGGCACUGGCUUCUGCAAUUCAAGAUUUGCGUAAAACGAACCAAUUAGCAUCACAAUUAGAAGCAAAAGAGAAACUGAAAUCAGGGCCUUCAAUGAAGGCUGAUAAACCUUCCUUUUAUGGAGAUUUCUUCUCUCAACAAACUUACCUUACUGUUUCUGGUCUUCUCCAUCUGGAGAGCUAUGCUUGUGCAAUGGGAAAUGUUUUCUCAUUCGGACCUAGAUUUCGAGCGGAUAGAAAGGAAUCUGCAAAGCGUAUAUCAGAAAUGUGGAUGGUUGAGGUUCAAAUGGCUUUUUCACAAUUAGAGGAUGCAAUGAACUGUGCAGAUGAAUAUUUCAAGUUCCUCUGCAAAUGGAUUUUGAAAAAUUGUUCAGAAGACAUGAAAUUUGUUUCUAAACGUAUCGACAAAUCUAGCAGCUAUCGUCUUGAAUCAAUGAUAUCAUCUUCAAUUGAAAAGAUUUCCUACAUGGAAGCUUUGAAGAAGGUUGCAGUUAAAUUCGAAUUAAACCAAGAAUGGGGCAUUGCUCUAACUCCAGAGCAUCUAAGUUAUUUGGCUGAAGAUGUCUAUCGUAAGCCUGUAAUCAUAUACAAUUAUCCAAAAGAACUUAAGCCCUUUUAUGUACGACUGAAUGAUGAUGGGAAAACAGCUGCUGCAUUUGAUAUGGUUGUACCCAAGGCUGGAACAAUCAUCACAGGUAGCCAAAGUGAGGAACGGAUUGAUAUUCUAAACAAAACGAUUGAAGAAUUACGCUUGCCAAGAGAGCAGUAUGAAUGGUACAUGGAUCUUCGCAGGCAUGGAACAGUCGAGCAUUCUGGAUUCAGUUUAGGGUUUGAUCUUAUGGUUCUGUUCACUACUGGCCUCCCUGAUGUUAGAGAUGUGAUCCCUUUUCCAAGGAGCCGCGGCAAAGCAAACAACUAACCAGAAUUCAAGAAAUUGGUUUCAAGAAUCAAGAAUUAAAUAUCAUACAUUCAUACUCUUUGUCUCAUGGACAAGAAAAUAAAAUAAGGAAAUAUGUAAUGGCAUAAGCAUAACAACAGCAUACAAGAGAGGCAAGAUGUACUAGUGACCUUAUUCUUAUGUGUGUAAAGGAAGUUAAUUGUUGAAACA